AUGAUUACACUCCUGCGCUUAAUACAGAGCCUCUCGCUCCUGCUGCUGCUCAUCGGAACAGUAACCGCCGAGCACACCUCUAACUGGGCUGUACUCGUCUCUACCUCCCGGUUCUGGUUCAACUACCGUCACCUCGCCAAUGUCCUCUCUCUGUACCGAACGGUCAAGCGACUGGGCAUCCCCGACUCCCAGAUUAUCCUCAUGCUCCCGGAUGAUAUGGCCUGCAACCCUCGAAAUGCUUUCCCCGGGACCGUGUACAGUAACGCAGACCGCGCAGUGGAUCUGUACGGAGACAACAUCGAAGUGGACUACAGGGGCUACGAAGUGACGGUCGAGAAUUUUAUCCGACUCUUGACAGACCGCCUGGAUGAGGAUGUGCCGCGCAGCAAGCGUCUCGGCUCGGAUGCCGGAAGCAAUGUGCUCGUCUACAUGACCGGUCACGGGGGGGACCAGUUCCUCAAGUUCCAGGACGCGGAGGAAAUCGGCGCAUGGGACCUUGCCCAUGCGUUCGGACAGAUGUGGGAAAAGAAGCGCUACCAUGAACUGCUGUUCAUGAUCGAUACCUGCCAGGCCAACACGAUGUACACCCACUUCUACUCGCCCAAUAUCGUCGCCACGGGAUCCAGCGAGCUGGACCAGUCUUCGUACUCACACCACGCGGACAACGACGUCGGAGUCGCUGUGAUCGACCGUUGGACUUACUAUGUGCUCGAGUUCCUAGAGACCCAGGUUACGAGCGCCAACUCAAAGUUGAAUCUGGGUGAUUUGUUCGACUCCUACGAUGAAUCGAAGAUUCACUCGCAGCCCGGUGUCCGGUGGGAUCUAUUCCCCGGUGGCGAGUCAGAGGGUCGCCUGCGGACGGUGGUCGAUUUCUUCGGCAACGUGCAGAAUGUCGAGGUUGAGAAUGCUAAUGCGACUGAACCAGGCUCUCUCAAAGAAGAUCUGGCUGAGAUUGCGCGACUGGUUGAGAGGUGGCGCAAGCGCGAUGAGGAAUACUCUGCCAUCCUUGGCAACUCGUCUCAGCAUCGCCGCGAGAACGAGCCUUCGGAGUCUGUGCACUUGGGCUCGAAGAUGACCGAGGGCCCGACCAGAAUGGCCGAGGACAACAGCUGGGGCAAGCGCCUGGUCGGCCUGUCCGUGUUGGGUGCCUGUACUGCUAUCUGGGUCGCUGGAUCGAUUCUUGGCCGUUCAGCCUGA